AUGACAAUCCUUCAAUUCCUCCGAAAAGCCCGUCAAAUACACCUUCAAUUCCUCUCAGGAUCCCUCACUGAAUCCCCAAUCUACGUCCUGGGUAAUCCCUCCGCAGACCUCGAUUCAAUCAUCUCCGCCAUAAUCUACUCCUACUGCGCCAACAACCACCUCCCAAGCAAGACACCACGCCCUCAUAUUCCUCUCCUGAAUCUCCCCAAAAUUCCAUCUGGCCCAGACCUAUACCGCCUCCGACCCGAAUUCGUCACAGCGCUCUGGCUCUCCACACCCUUCCCCGCACUAAGACCCGAUGAACAGUUUGAGGAUUCGGCCGAGUCUGCAGGGAACUUGCUACGCGACCAUAUAAUCACGGUAGCUGAUUUCGCCCAAUCACUACACGAUCUAAAGCCACCAAGAAAGCAUAUCGAAGCAGACACUGUAUUGGUGGAUUGGAAUGCAUUACCCGAACGCCUCCCCGGAGGUGCAGGAGCAGAGGGGAAGGGGUCCCUGGGUGGCGUCUUAUCAGAAGUAACCUUUCAUGCGGUGGGCUGCAUAGACCAUCACGUCGACGAACGCUUCAUGCCUGACAAGGAAAAACUACCUUUCAGCCAGCCGAUUAUAAUCCAGCCUGGACCGGGGUCAUGUUCCUCGCUUAUUACGAAUGAGAUGCGCGAGCGUGGACUUUGGGGUUCGGGCUCGGAUUCUGCUAGCGUGGACGCGUCAUCGGAGAUGGCGCAGGCGGCGAAGUUGGCCCUUGCGGCUAUACUUAUUGAUACUUCGAAUUUGCAGGCUGAGGGGAAGGUUACACAGGUAGACGUACGCGCUGUUGAGUUCCUGCAGGCACAGGUUGCGGCGGUCGGAGGUGAAGAAGGGUCUACAUGGGAUAUGGAGAAAUUCUAUGAGCAAGUUCUCUGGGCGAAACAGAAUAGUCUGGAUCGGUUAACCCUGUCUGAGGUCUUGGGGAGGGAUUAUAAGGAGUGGACUGAGACGGCGCAGUCUUCGGGGACGAGCAUGACGAUUGGAUUUUGUUCGUCUGUUAAGCCGAUUCGUUGGAUUCUUCGCAAGGCUGGUGGAUCUCAGGCAUUUUUGGAUGGAAUACAGGAGUUUGCGUCUUCGGAGGGGAGACAUCUGGACGCGGUGGUUGUAAUGACUUCCUUUACUUCCAAGAAUGGCGAGUUCGCUCGUGAGCUCUUUGUUAGUACCGUGGAGGAGCAGAGUCCGGUCAUCGAUGGGAUUAAAUCAUUUGUUGAGAAUUCCGCGUCUCAGCUGGAUUUGGUCACAUGGUCUACCUUGGAUGGUGAAUCUGUGGAUAUCCCUGAUGAGGAGAUACGAUCUACCUUGGAUGGAGAUGAGGGUAUUUGGAGGCGAUUAUGGAUCCAGAAGAAUACCAAAGCGAGCAGAAAACAAGUAGCACCGCUUAUGCGAGAUGCUCUAUCCAAGCUUUGA